GGAAGCGCGGCGCGCGCAGGAGCCGGGCCCGCCAUGAGCCGCCCGCCCGCGCUGCAGGCUCCGACCUGCGGGCCCUGGGAGAUGCGGGAGCGCCUCGGCACCGGCGGCUUCGGCAACGUCGUCCGCUGGCACAACAAGGAGACCGGCGAGCAGGUGGCCAUCAAGCAGUGCCGGCAGGAGCUGAGCCCGCGCAACCGCGACCGCUGGGCGCUGGAGAUACAGAUCAUGAAGAGACUCAACCAUCCCAAUGUGGUGGCUGCCCGUGAUGUCCCUGAAGGGAUGCAGAAGCUUGCACCGAAUGACUUGCCCUUGCUGGCCAUGGAGUACUGCCAAGGCGGAGACCUCCGCAAGUACCUGAAUCAGCUGGAGAAUUGCUGUGGCUUGCGGGAGGAAGCCAUUCUCAUCUUGUUGUCUGAUAUUGCUUCUGCUCUCAGGUACCUUCAUGAGAACAGGAUCAUCCACAGAGACUUGAAACCAGAGAACAUUGUGCUGCAGCAAGGAGAGCAGAGGUUAAUACACAAAAUCAUUGACCUGGGUUAUGCUAAGGAACUGGAUCAGGGUAGCCUGUGCACAUCCUUUGUUGGGACUCUGCAGUACUUGGCUCCAGAGCUGCUGGAACAGCAGAAGUACACAGUGACAGUGGAUUACUGGAGCUUUGGCACGCUGGCCUUUGAGUGCAUUACAGGCUUCCGACCGUUCCUACCCAACUGGCAACCAGUGCAGUGGCAUACAAAAGUGCGUCAGAAGAGUGAGCUGGAUAUUGUUGUUUCAGAAGACUUAUCUGGAGAAGUCAAGUUUUCCAGCAGUUUGCCCUGCCCAAACAAUCUAAACAGUGUUUUGUCUGCGAGGUUGGAGAAAUGGCUGCAACUCAUGUUAAUGUGGCACCCACGUCAGAGGGGUACAGAUCCUACAUAUGGACCCAACGGGUGUUUCAAAGCUCUGGAUGACAUUUUGAACUUGAAGUUGCUUCAUGUUUUGAACAUGGUUACGGGAACUGUGCACACCUACCCUGUGACAGAGGAGGAGACUCUGGAGAGUGUGAAGGCCAGGAUCCAGGCAGACACAGGAAUCCCAGAACAGGACCAGGAGCUACUGCAGGAAGCAGGACUUGCGUUGUUUUCUCAGAAGCUGGUCACUAAACAUAUAGCUGAUAGCAAGGUGAACGAUACUGCAGCUGCAGACACAGACCUCCUGUUCCUCUUUGACAACAAGAAAGUUCUGUACGAGGCUCAGGUGGCCUUGCGUCCUCAUCCCGAAAGUGUUGACUGCAUCCUUCAGGAUCCAAAGAAGAAUCUCCACUUCUUCCAGCUGCGCAGAGUGUGGGGUCAGAUCUGGCACACGAUCCGGGUGCUGAAGGAGGACUGUAACCGGCUGCAGCAGGGGCAGCGAGCAGCCAUGAUGAAUCUGCUGCGUUACAACAGCACCCUCUCCAAGAUGAAGAAUUCCAUGGCCUCCCUCUCUCAGCAGCUGAAAGCAAAGCUGGACUUCUUUAAAACAAGCAUCCAGAUCGAUCUGGAAAAGUAUAAAGAGCAGAUUGAAUUUGGAAUUACUUCUGAGAAGCUGCUGUUUGCCUGGAAAGAGAUGGAACAAGCUGUGGAACUUUGUGGGCGGGAGGAUGAUGUGGAUCAGCUGGUGAAGAGGAUGAUGGCCCUGCAGACAGACAUUGUAGACCUGCAGAGAAGCCCCCUAGGUCGUAAACAAGGAGGAACACUGGAGGAUUUAGAAGAACAAGCCAGAGAGCUGUACCGGAGACUGAGAGAGAAGCCAAGAGAUCAGAGGACAAGCGGUGACAGCCAGGAAAUAGUCCGACUGCUCCUGCAGGCAAUCCAGACCUUUGAAAAGAAAGUUCGAGUCAUUUAUGCUCAGCUCAGUAAAACUGUAGUUUGCAAGCAGAAGGCAUUGGAGUUGUUCCCCAGAGUGGAGAAGGUGAUGGAUCUGAUGCGUGAAGAUGAGGAAACCGUUGUUAGGCUUCAGGAGAAACGGCAAAAAGAACUGUGGAACUUGCUGAAAAUUGCUUGUAGUAAAGUCCGUGGUCCUGUCACUGGCAGUCCAGAGAGCAUGAACACAUCUCGUCUUGGUGGGCCUGGUCAUCUGCUGCUGCAGGUCCCUUCUGAAACCUACAAUUUAUCAGAAUCUGUAAGAAAAAGUGAGGAGCUGCUGCUGGAAUCACAGAAACUUUGUAGCCAGCUAGAAAAUGUGAUGUAUGACACAAUGAAGGAUCAGGAGCAGAGCUUCAUGGCUCUAGACUGGAGCUGGCUGCAGCUUCAGGCAGAAGAAACAAACAGUCCAGAACAAACCCAGAUGUAAAAUCACGUUGGUCACCCCUGAAGACGCUACUUUGGGAAGCCAAGUGUGAAAAGCUGCUGCCCUGAGAAGGGAAGAUCAACUGCCUCCUUCUACUGUCACCUGCUGCUUCUGUGAUACACACACAUGGCCUAGCUUUAGUAUCCACCUCCCAGACACUCUGCUCUCAAAGAUACAGUAGGGAAUGCCUGUUCUAACUGUCUGGAAAAUGUUCUUAAUUGUGCCUUAAGACAGCAGAUAUCCUCUGUCCUGAUAUAUCUUCCCUUAGGCAUCACCUGUGGCUGUUCUACUGCAUUUUAGGCUAUCUACUGGAACAAUGGACAAUGCAUGCCCAGGCACUGGUAGAUGUCACCUUUGUAAUAUACUUGAACUGUGAACUUCAUUUCUUAACUCUGCUGAUUUGCACUUUUUUUCUUUUAAGUGUAAUGGUUGUACUUACCUAAUACUUGUUUCCUGUAUGGGAACGAAAUGAUCUAAAACAUGUAAACUUUUGGUUUGCUCUUUUUGAUA